UGUAUUACCUUUUUGGGACUAAUGGAAUCUUUCGGUUUAUUUGGACAAGCUCCCUUGGUUCUACAUGCUCCACUUCCAUACCAACUUACUUUCAAGUAAAGCUUUAGCUCUUGUACGGUAUUUUCCAUCUAUAUACGGGACUCUUAUCAUAUCGUACACUCGUAUAUUUUUCUUCUGCGCUCGUGAGCCGUGCAUCGGCUGGGGCUUAAAACUCAGAUCUUUAUUCCGAGACCCUACACCUAGUUUGAGGUGUAUCAGCAGUGGCCAAUCUCCAGUUGAACAACAACCCUACCAUCGUUGUUCCAAGAUAGCCAUCCCUGUUUCAACCAACAUAAUCCCAAGACGUGUCCGGAUUUGACAGCCUUGGCGAUCUCGCCUCGUCUGAGUCAAAAUAGGACAUGACGCAAGUGACAUAUUGUGUCAUCUUCCACCGCCAUUUAGAUAUAUAAAUGGCCUGCCCACAAAAAUGCCACAUUGACAGGC